AAACGACAUACAUAAACUAUCCGCGUUAAUGACACCGAAUACAGUGACAGAUACAGCUAACUGGCAGUUGAAUGAUAGUUGCGCUCAUAAUAUCUGGCAAUACCCUGCGAAGUUAACCCAUAUCCCCAUUGUCCCUCCUCCGACGCCAUGUCGUCGUUCUUCUUUUCCACCCCAGUCGAUAUCGACAUCGUUCUGGAGGAUAGCGACGAACGAGAAACCGUCGACAUCAAGCUGGAUAAGAACAGGAGGGAAAAGGCGCCGUUGUACAUGGAUGGUGAGUCCGUGAAGGGGGCAGUAACAGUGCGGCCUAAGGAUGGGAAGCGAUUGGAGCAUACGGGAAUUAAGGUCCAAUUCAUCGGAACAAUCGAGAUGUUUUUCGAUCGAGGAAACCACUACGAAUUCCUCUCUUUUGGUCAAGAGCUUGCUGCCCCUGGCGAGCUACAACACCCGCAAACCUUCCCUUUCAACUUCAAAAACGUCGAAAAGCAAUAUGAAUCUUACAACGGCAUCAAUGUCAAACUGCGAUACUUCGUCAGGGUGACGGUUUCGCGGCGGAUAGCGGAUGUUGUGCGGGAGAAGGAUAUAUGGGUUUAUUCAUACCGCAUGCCUCCUGAGACAAAUAGCCCUAUCAAAAUGGACGUGGGGAUUGAAGAUUGUUUACACAUCGAAUUCGAGUAUUCAAAAUCCAAGUACCAUCUCAAAGAUGUUAUUGUGGGGAGAAUAUACUUCUUGCUUGUGAGGCUGAAAAUAAAACACAUGGAAUUAUCGAUUAUCCGCCGCGAAACAACUGGAUCGCCACCGAAUCAGUACAAUGAAAGCGAGACGCUGGUGCGGUUUGAGAUUAUGGACGGCUCCCCAUCAAGAGGAGAAACGAUACCCAUCCGGUUGUUCUUGGGUGGUUUUGAUUUGACCCCAACUUUCCGCGAUGUGAAUAAGAAGUAUUCUACCCGAUACUACCUAAGCUUGGUGCUCAUAGACGAAGAUGCACGUCGAUAUUUCAAGCAAUCUGAAAUCGUUCUUUACCGUCAAGCUCCUGAAAUCGGCUUGACCCCUGAGGUUGCCCAGCAGCAAAUUGCUCAACAGCAACAGCUCCAAGGUGAGCCUACUACCUCAGCAGGCCCAACAAAAGACAUGCAGACGGCGUCGUUUGGAAAGCAGCAAGUCGCGGCCCAGGCGUAAUUAUGAAGGUGGGCGGAAAGAAACGAGAAUGAAGCGGGCGCAAGGACUGUUAAAGAGUGCACGAUAACGGCUUGAUCGACUGGCGCUUUGGUUUCGUGGUCUUUGGUCUUUUAUUUGUUAGUUUCCAUUUGUAUGGACAAUCAUACUGUUUAUCACGAAUUACUACACCGUGGUUUGUUUAUAUUAUCAUACCUUUUUUUAUUUUUUAUUUUUUUUUAAAAAAAAUGGUAUUACAAUGGAAGGCGUCUAAAAGAGCCCUUUAACCACGUUCCAAUUUAAUUGUCCAUGCGAUAAUGUUGCUAGUGCCACUAAUAUAAAUCAUAG